AUACACGGGGGAUGAAGAUAUUACCGUUGGGUCCUCAUCAGACUCGCGCAAUCCGCUUGUCCUCCGAAUUCCAGUAACAUCGAGUGAUACUUUUGAACGCUUGAUAGAGAGAGUACAACAAGUGGAAUUGGAAGCGUCAACUGAUGAAGUGCCGUUUUCGCUUUUAUUAUCAACACUUUAUCCUGGGCAUGAUACCUCUUCUGCUGUCGACAAUUCAUCUCAUAAAACGUAUCCACCUCUAUUUAAAGUACGUUUUUUCAAUCAGAGUGAUACGCCGGACAAUCAUCUACUCCAAGCAACUUCAACUACAACCGAUAUAACGAUAUUCAUUACUUCUCACGCAUCAACUUCACUAAGACAGACUCUACUUCCUAAAAUAGAACUUCGCAUAUCAUAUAAUCAACUUUUAUUCUCUUCCUCACGUGUGCGUCACAUUCUCGAUCAAUUAGUUUCUGUAAUUGAUCAUGCUCAUAAUAACAAGCAGACGCCGAUCUCGGAAAUUCCUCUCGUCACAGACAGAUGUCGGGCAGUUUUGCCUGACCCUGUUUGCGAUUUGCGAUGGGAUGAGUUUAGAGGAUCGAUUACUGACAUAUUUGCUGAAAAUGCCAAGAAAUUUUCAAAGAAGACAUGCGUUGUGGAGUCUGUCGAGGGGAGCGAGAAGAAGAGAAUUUUUACUUACGAGGAUAUAUAUAAAGCUUCUAAUUUGGUAGCACAGUAUUUGCUACAUAAGGGAGUCGAGAGAGAGGAUGUUGUUACGGUAUAUGCAUAUAGAGGCGUAGACUUGGUGAUUGCUGUUAUGGGUGUACUUAAAGCAGGGGCUACGUUUAGUGUUAUUGACCCAGCCUACCCACCAGAGCGGCAGAAUAUCUAUCUACAAGUGGCGCAACCACGCGCCAUCAUAUUUCUCAAACAUGCAGGUGUCAUUCAUCCAUCAGUUUGCACAUACAUCACUGCUAAUCUCAAUCUCAAGUGUGAAAUACCGGCAUUAGAGAUCACUGACGACGCGUACUUGAAAGGAGGAUCACAUGCGGAUGCUGAAGACGUUUUGGAUGCAAUAAGAGGGCGAGAAGAAGAAGACGUCGGAAUUCUUAUUGGGCCGGAUAGCAUUGGGACGCUAAGCUUUACCAGCGGGAGCACGGGAAUACCCAAAGGCGUUAGAGGAAGACAUUUUUCCUUGACUCAUUACUAUCCAUGGAUGUCGCAAGAAUUCAAUCUCAGUGAAAAUGAUCGCUUUACCAUGCUGUCUGGCAUUGCACAUGAUCCAAUUCAGCGGGACAUCUUUACGCCACUUUUCCUUGGGGCUGAACUUCACGUUCCAACCGCCGAAGACAUUGGAACACCCGGACAACUAGCAGUAUGGAUGAGCAAAAACGAACUAACUGUGACACAUCUAACACCCGCAAUGGGUCAACUUUUAUCUGCAAACGCCAUGGUCCCAAUCCCAACCCUCCGUAACGCUUUCUUCGUCGGCGAUAUUCUCACAAAACGCGAUUGCAACCGUUUGCAACAUCUUGCUCCAAACACUACUAUCAUCAACAUGUACGGUACAACCGAAACGCAACGCUCGGUAUCCUACUUCUCGAUCCCGCCUCUCUCUGUCGCUCCUGCAUUCUUGCAGUCACAAAAAGAUGUCAUACCGGCCGGCAAAGGGAUGCAGAAUGUGCAAUUAUUGGUAGUGAAUAGAAAGAAGAGAAAUUUAUUGUGUGGAGUGGGCGAAAUAGGCGAAAUAUAUGUUCGAGCAGGUGGAUUGGCUGAGGGUUAUUUGAGGUUAGAGGACGUGACGAGAGAAAAGUUUUUAUGGAAUUGGUUUACGAGCGAAGAGCAAAGACAUGAGGAAGACGGGGAGUCGAUAAAGUGUUGGAAAGGGAAAAGAGAUCGGCUGUAUCGAACUGGGGAUUUAGGAAGAUAUAAUCCUAGUGGAAAUGUGGAAUGCACGGGCCGCGCGGACGAUCAAAUAAAAAUUCGAGGUUUUCGUAUCGAACUCGGUGAAAUAGACACUCAUCUUUCCCAACACCCUCUUGUCCGGGAGAAUGUCACGCUUGUUCGCCGAGACAAGGACGAAGAACAAACUCUUGUCAGUUAUUUCGUACCCGUGGAAUCAGGAGAGAUUGACACUUUCUUAAGUUCAGCGGACGAGGAAGACAGUAAUGAUGCAUCAUUGGUUAGUAUAAGAGUGAUACGAAAAUACAGGAAACUGAUUAAAGAUAUUAGAGAUUAUUUAAAGCAAAAACUGCCUAGCUAUAGUGUUCCCACCGUUUUUGUGCCAUUGCGCAAAAUGCCACUAACCCCAAACGGGAAAAUAGACAAACCAGCGCUUCCCUUUCCGGAUACCGCUCAAAUUGCCGAAAAGGCAAUUUCCGACAACCAGCAUCAGCUCACACCAAUACAACGCACGGUGUGCAAAAUUUGGUCACGCCUUCUCCCCCACGCUUCCUCACAAUCUCUUCCCCUCGAUGAAUCGUUCUUUGAUUUGGGCGGACAUUCGAUUCUGGCUACCAGACUAAUAUUUGAAUUGCGUAAGGAGUGUGGUGUCAGUGUUCCUCUGGGAUUAGUUUUUAGUGAAACAACAAUAAGAGGGCAGGCGAGAGCGGUUGAGAGACUGAUUAAGGGAGAAUUGAAUAUUGACAGUGGUGAUGUGGAAGAGGACGAAAAACGUCUAAAAAAUAAUAUGGAAACUAAUGCUAGAGAAACGUAUUCAACAGAGAUAACAUCCGGAGCCUUCGCGGCGACCUAUUUUGAAGAUUUAGCCGACCUCAUAACUAGCCUUCCUUCAUCCUAUCCUCCUCUGCCUCCAAACCAUACGCGUACCGUAUUUUUCCUCACUGGGGUCACUGGAUUUUUGGGUGCAUUUAUUGUUUCCGCUCUUCUCAAUUCCCGCCCUGACAUACGUAUCAUCGCUCAUGUGCGCGCUACUGAUGAAAGUUCUGGAUUAGAACGGAUUCGGAAAAACUGUUCUGCACAUUUAGUUUGGAAGGAGGAGUGGAUCGAGAAUGGAAGGAUAGAAAUUGCAUUAGGCGACUUGGAAAAGGAAAGAUUGGGGCUGGAAGAAGAUAUAUGGGAGAAGUAUUGUGAGAUUGUAGACGUCGUUGUGCAUAAUGGAGCUUUGGUCCACUGGGUCUACCCAUAUUCCAAACUUCGUUCUCCAAACGUCCUUGCCACCUUGUCAACCUUAUCUCUCUCGACUACUACGCGCGUUAAACCGUUAGUUUUCAUAUCGUCGACCUCUGUUCUGGACACCGACCACUACAUUCGCUUGUCGUCUACGAUAAUCGAAUCUGGUGGUCGCGGUAUUUUGGAGUCUGAUGAUCUCGAAGGUAGUCGAACUGAUAUUCACAGUGGAUACGGACAGAGUAAGUGGGUGGCGGAGAAGCUAUUAAUGGAAGCGAGAAGUCGUGGUGCCCCAGUGGCUAUCGUGCGCCCUGGAUAUAUUGUCGGUCAUUCAGAGACGGGAGUGACUAAUACUGACGAUUUCAUAUGGCGAUUGGUUAAAGGAUGUGUUCAAUUGAAAAUGGUGCCAAGUAUAUAUAACAUCAUUAAUAUGUGUCCCGUUGAUUACGUUGCUGAGUGUGUAAAAGAUAUCGCGAUCAGUCCUAAUGCUCAUAAUUUGGGUGUAUUCCAUAUUACACAUCCAUCUGAUCCACCAUUUCGCUUUAUCGAUUUGUUUUCUGCUCUUUCUUUGUAUGGUUAUGAAGUGCAGCAAAUCGAAUAUGUAGCAUGGAGGGAUCGCUUAAUGGAGUUCACUCUUCAGGCGGAUGACAAUGCACUUUAUCCUCUGCUUCAUUUUGUGUUGGAUGAUCUACCAACUUCGACAAAGGCGCCCGAAUUAGACGACAGUAAUACUCGAGCUGUAGCUAGCAAACAAUGCGAAAGGAUGGGAGAAAACUUGAUGGGGCUGUAUUUAGGAUAUUUGGUGAAAGUAGGAUUUUUGGAGGGUCCCAAGUGGAGUGAAGGGAAGAUGUUGCCCAGCGUAAGAGUAGGGGAUAUGUUGAGUAGAAGUAGGACAUAG